AUGCAUCCUUGUUGGGUGAUAGUGAAGCAGCGUAGAGCGCGGUACGGGCGCCGGGGCUUGCAAUAUUUUCCACGUUUUCAGUUCCUCUUGGCAAAUCUGUUAGCUUUGAAUUGUCAAGAAGAAGAAUCAGAAAAACCCACAGGAGUUUACACAAGCGACGAAGGAAAACCGAGCUACUCGUUCAGUUACGGAGUGUCCGAUGCCCGCACUGGGGACAUAAAGACUGUGUGGGAGUCAAAGGAAGGUGAUACUGUCAAAGGUCACUACAGUGUACUUGAACCUGAUGGCUCUAUGAGAACCGUGGAGUAUUCAGCCGGCCCAAAAACAGGCUUCACGGCAGUAGUAAACAAUGAGAAUAUACAUACAGAAAAUCCAGAAGGUAGAAGUUUGGAAAAUCCAGAAGGUCGAAGCUUCAUGGAGGAGAAGGCUAUGAGAGAUUAUGGAAAGUAUUACGAUUUUUCUGAAGAUGCUGACGAAGAUUACUAUGAGAACAAAAGGCCAAAACAUCCAUUGGAGUCUUUGUUCAAAGAUUACUCCAUAAGAAAAAAACCAAAGUAUCCGUACGAUUUAGAACCCAGUGAGUACACGCACAGCAUUAGCAUUAAACAUCCGCGCGAUGAAUCUUCUGAUACUGAAGCUCACAGUCACGUCGGAUACAGUUUUGACCCGAAUUGUAAAACUAAAACUAGAAAAGAAAGUAACGAACACAAAGAAAAUUUGUAUUCAAACAUUGUAGAUUUAGAAAUGAGUAAAACAAAGAAUCCUAUAUUUUCCGGUGAUUCUUAUAAAGAACCUUAUGAUAAGUAUGCUGAAGCAUCAAAUUAUGACUUUGAGAAAUAUAAACCGUUUAGUAGCAACUCUCACAAGGGGUCAAAAUAUGAUGAUAAUCAUAUGAAACCGUCGUCCCCAACGAAGUACACAUUUCCAAGUUUACCAGACGUACCUCCACCGGAUAGAUAUUAUCCAGACGAAAUUCCACAAAGACCAAAGAAGAAAAAUAGGCCUUACAAACUGCCAGAGUUCUAUCCAAGCGAUGAUUUAGAUGACUAUAUUCUUGUUCCUAAAAAGAAGUACAAGCCCUCGAGGGUUCCGGAUUUGAGCGAUUAUAAGCCGGAUCUAGAGGAUGAUUACGACCGACCACAAUAUGGAAGCAACAGUGACGAUCAAGACGACAGAUAUCCAACUCGAGGCAAUGGUCAGAAAGAAGUAAUAAGAAAAGUUAUUAAAAAAAGACGACCUCCCGUAAUUAAUUUAUUAGAUAUGUUUGAUAUUUAAGUUAUUUAUAAUAAUGUUAUAAAUACAAAUUAGAUUAUUGUAACAAUUGGCCAGCGGAGUGAUAAAUUAAAAUAAUGUAAUAGUAUUAUAAAUGAUAAGAUAGACUGAAAAAAUACCAUUGAAAUCGGUUUGUUGAGUAAUUAUAGAGUGUAUAAAAUCAACGUAGCAUAAAUAAAUAUUGUUGAUGAAGCAAUGCAGUUUAUAAAUAGGUUGAAUUUACGUGUUUUAUCUAAUAAAUUAAUGAAUUUAAA